UUAUCUGUUUGUCACCUUGCUUAAUGCAAUGUUAUCUCUCUGAUGAUCGUUCUCUAAUCACUGACUCCGUUUCGUUUGUUCAAAUUUGAAGGAAGAUUCAGCUGCAAGGUAGGAUUCGGAUUUGGAAAGGCAUGGAAUCCUUGCCGGAAGUGCAAUUGACCACUAAGCUCUCGUCGGAGGAGUUCAAACCUUCCAGUCCAACAGACGCCGUGAUUUUCUUUGGAGUAAGUUUGGCUUUAGGAAUUGCUUCUAGGCAUUUGCUUCGAGGUACUAAAGUGCCUUACACAAUCGCUUUGCUCAUUAUCGGUAUCGGUCUCGGUUCAUUAGAAUACAGUACUAGUCAUCAGUUGGGGAAGUUUGGCAAUGGAAUUCGUAUUUGGGCAAACAUAAAUCCUGAUCUAUUGUUGGCUGUUUUUCUACCUGCUCUUCUUUUUGAGAGUUCAUUUUCAAUGGAAAUUCAUCAGAUAAAGAGAUGUAUGGCACAAAUGGUACUACUUGCAGGACCAGGCGUUCUUAUUUCAACCUUUUUCCUUGGGGCUGCUUUGAAGCUUACAUUUCCAUAUGACUGGACAUGGAAAACAGCUUUGUUGCUUGGCAGCCUUCUGAGUGCUACUGAUCCCGUAGCUGUUGUGGCUCUGUUGAAAGAGCUUGGUGCAAGCAAAAAACUGAGUACCAUAAUUGAAGGAGAGUCCUUGAUGAAUGAUGGGACGGCGAUUGUGGUCUAUCAGCUGUUUUAUCGAAUGAUUUUUGGCCAGAGGUUUAACUCGGGAACUGUAAUAAAGUUUCUUGCAGAAGUUUCUCUUGGGGCUGUAGGCAUUGGUCUUGCUCUUGGAAUAGUGUCAGUGUUGUGGCUUGGAUUUAUCUUCAAUGAUACAAUAAUAGAAAUUUCGCUGACAUUGAUGAUGAGCUACAUAGCAUAUUAUACAGCACAGGAAGGAGCUGAUGUUUCGGGUGUAUUGGCUGUGAUGACUCUAGGAAUGUUUUUUGCUGCAUUUGCCAGGACUGCUUUUAAGAGUAAUGGUCAACAGAGCUUGCAUCACUUUUGGGAAAUGGUAUCUUAUAUUGCCAAUACACUUAUCUUCAUAUUAAGUGGAGUUGUAAUAGCUGAAGGAGUACUCAGCAGUGACAGCAUUGUUAAAAGCCAAGGAAGUUCGUGGGGAUACCUCAUUCUUCUGUAUGUUUUCCUCCAAGUGUCCCGUGUGAUAGUUGUUGUAGCAUUAUAUCCCUUUCUACGAUUUCUUGGAUAUGGUCUUGACUGGAAGGAAGCUAUUAUUCUCAUAUGGUCUGGCUUGCGAGGGGCUGUUGCAUUGGCACUUUCAUUAUCAGUGAAGCAAUCUAGCGGCAACUCGUUCAUCAGUCCUGAAACAGGAACACUGUUUGUUUUUUACACAGGUGGGAUUGUAUUUCUGAGUCUCAUUGUUAAUGGAUCUACCACUCAAUUCAUUCUACAUUUUCUUGGCAUGGAUAAGUUAUCACAGCCAAAGAAACGUAUACUAGAGUACACAAAGUAUGAAAUGUUGAACAAAGCAUUAGAGGCAUUUGGUGAUCUUGGAGAUGAUGAAGAACUAGGACCUGUUGAUUGGCCUACGGUGAAAAGAUAUAUUAAAUGUUUGAAUGAUGCAGAAGGGGAAUGUGUGCAUCCACAUGAUGGUUCUGAGAAUGAUAAUCUUGUGAACUCCAUGAACUUAAAAGAUAUUCGGGUACGCCUUUUAAAUGGUGUUCAAGCUGCUUACUGGGAAAUGCUUGAUGAGGGAAGGAUCACGCAAUGGACAGCUAAUAUUUUGAUGCAAUCUGUUGAUGAAGCUAUUGACUUGGUGUCUGAUGAGCCUCUAUGUGAUUGGAGAGGGUUAAAAUCCCAUGUUAAUUUUCCAGACCAUUACAAGCUUCUCCAAACAAGUGUUGUCCCCCCAAAAGUGGUCACGUACUUCACUGUUGAAAGACUGGAAUCUUCUUGUUACAUAUGUGCUGCAUUUCUCCGUGCACACAGGAUUGCUAGACAACAACUAGUUGACUUCAUUGGUGAUAGUGAUAUUGCCUCUAGUGUAAUCAGUGAAAGUGAGGCAGAGGGAGAGGAAGCAAAAAAGUUUUUGGAGGAUGUUCGUAUUUCAUUUCCUCAGGUUCUCCGCAUUGUGAAAACAAAGCAAGUAACAUAUUCAGUGCUAAAUCAUUUAAUUAAGUAUGUUGAGAAUCUUGAAAAAGUUGGGUUAUUGGAAGAAAAGGAAAUGAUUCAUCUUCAUGACACUGUACAGGCUGACAUGAAAAGGCUCCUAAGAAAUCCUCCUUUGGUAAAAGUUCCUAAACUGCGUGAUCUGAUUAAUGUGCAUCCUUUCCUUGGGGCUCUUCCUUCUACAAUCCGUGAGCCACUUGCUGAUUCCACAAAGCAGACAAUGAAACUACAUGGCAUGACUCUUUAUAAGGAGGGUUCCAAACCAAAUGGUAUUUGGCUCAUAUCCAAUGGAGUGGUCAAGUGGACGACUAAGAGUCUAAGGCAUAAGCAUUUGUUGCAUCCAACAUUUACCCAUGGAAGCACUCUAGGCCUAUACGAAACUCUGACUGGAAAACCAUACAUGUGCGAUAUGAUUACGGAUUCAGUGUUACUUUGUUUCUAUAUAGAAGCUGAAAGGAUACAUGGAAUGCUUAAAUCUCAUCCAACAUUAGAAGAUUUCCUGUGGCAGGAAAGUGCAAUUUCUCUUGCCAAAAUAUUGCUUCCCCAGAUCUUUGAGAAACUAACAAUGCAAGAUCUGAGAAGUCUUAUUGCAGAAAGGUCUAAAAUGACCAUAUAUUUGAGGGGAGAAAAUGUAGAAGUUCCUCAUCACUCCAUUGGUAUACUACUAGAAGGAUUCUUGAAAGCUCAAGACCUUAUUUCAUCUCCUGCAGUAUUGUUGCCUUCAAAUGGUGAUACAAGCUUCCUAGGAUCAGAAUCAUCAGGAAACAAUCAAGCAAGUUUUUCUCACCAAGGAUGCAACUAUCAAGCGGAAAGCAGAACAAGAUUAAUCACAUUCGACAUCGCUGCAUACGAAUUAGCCAGCAGAACGGUCCAGAGAAGGUCAUCGUCAAGGAUAUCACACUCGCUCGAUCACCAUUCCUCGAGAUCCUUCACUAGAGAGCACAGUGGUCUCAUGAGUUGGCCCGAACAUUUCUACAAGCCAAAGCAACAUGCACACGGCCAAGAAACUGCUCAAGAACAUCACUUAUCUGCCCGGGCAAUGCAACUAAGCAUAUAUGGAAGCAUGGUUGACAGAAGCUUUGGUCGCCAUCCCUCUCACAGUCAUUCCUAUCCUAUGGUCUCUUCGAAUGAAGAACAAACUAUAGUUUCAGUUAAGUCAGAGGGGUCCUCGACGGUGAGAAGGAAUCUUGAGGUUCGAAAGAUGAAACGACCAAGUCCUGCUCCGGGGCAACAAAGUUCAAUUAGAAAAAAAGAUUCAUCGAGUGAUGACUCUGGUCCGGAGGAUGAGCUUAUCAUCAUGAUUGAUUCACCAAGUAGGCUUUCAUUUCACCAAGCUUCUUAAUUUUGUAUGUUAUUGUUUGUUGGUUUCAUCAUGGCAAAGCUCUCUAGUUGAUUUGGAUUCCAUCUUAUAUGAAUCCACAUAUAUGCUGAUUUUGAAAUAAUUUACAAUGAGGCCCAUUUGAAAAUGAUAUUUAUUAUGUAAAUUUUAGAUGUGCUCGAACCAUUUAGGAUACCUUCAAGUGGUAAAUAAGAGUCUUGAAUUUGAAAGA